CUCAGUUCGCUCGGCAGCCCUCAGCCCCUCAGUUUUCAUCGAAAAGUCGCAAAGUGAAAAAAGACCAUCCCUCGAACGAGAAUUGUCGAGAAAUUUAUACCAGUGAACUGAAAUUUACUUCAAAAAUAUUUUCAUUGUCUAUCGCGUACCCAAACACCCGAUGACAAUUCAAAUCGCCGAUUAUCACUAGUUCUUUGACGUUCGCCGGGGGAAGUUUGUGAAAGAAGCGACGAGAAGAUAAACUACAGGACUAGUUGCGGAGAGAAAUUAAAAUGAAGCUCUACCGUGCCGGUAAAUUAAUCUUCACUGACGAGAUGAAUGUCGAGCACCUGAUGCCGGACUUCACAAAUUCACUGUACCCCCUCAACAUGAGCCUCGAGGACGAGAUCAAACGUCUCUUCGACUUCAGAAUCGAGAAUUGCCAAUGGCUGCGUCCAAAGCCCUCAUCUGAGGAAAUCAUGGAUGACUUCAGACGCAACGGCAGAGACUUCGAGUACUGCCCAGAAUUGGAGAGGGGGGAAGUCCCUCCACACAACAAUCGUCGCAAAAAGUCCAAGAGGCCAAUGCCGACAGAGUGCGUAUUCUGCAGGAAUAACGGAGAACAGGAGUCCUACUACAAGAGCCACCUCCUCAAGGACGUUAAUGGCAAGACGACCUGCCCUGUUCUGAAAGCCUACACUUGCCCUAUCUGUGGUGCUCACGGGGAGGACUCCCACACCGUCAAGUACUGUCCUUUGAACAAGAACGGAGAGCUAAUGCCAACAUUCAACACCAUGAAGCCCCUGAGGAACUCCACAGGCAAGCGUCGUUACAGUAAAUAAACAAAAACGACUUUUUUACAAUUCUAACGACGAUGACCUCUCCCCAAAGUUUAACCAAAAACCUUACGAGAUCAUGACGUACAUACCCAAAGAGUCUAAAGCUUCUGGUAAGCUCUUAUCAUGCGUUGAUACUUAAAAAAAAAAUAGUGUUAGAGAGAUAACCAGAGAAAUGUUGAGUAUACAUCAUGUUUUUUUGAUACAAGAUUUUACAAAGUGCUGUUCUCCACGUUAAUUUUGGAUUCUUCAUCUAAUCUUAACUAAUUAUGAGUUUAAGAAUUUUAGUAUGUAAUGAUGAGGUAAUUGGUCGAUGAUGAAAACAGCCCCGAUGGCUUGCCAAUCUAAGAAAAUUAUGAUUUUCUUAUCAGACUCAAUGUUUACAGAGAACAUUAAUUAAUUGUGUGAGUAAUUUUAUCAUUAAUUCGGUAUUCAUUAAAUAGGAAUUCUUCGAGGGUGAUUAAUGACUUAAAUUAAGACAUUCUGGUAAUUAUAUUCAAUCCUUCGUGGAUUUUACAGUAGUUUUAGGAUUAACAAGCGUGGACUCCUCGAGGGAUAUUAGUAUGUGUACUACAUUACAUUUUUUGAUAUAAUUAAGAGAUUAGGAUUGAAGGAGAAAAUUGAGAAAGAUUUUGAGGAUUAAUGAAUGUAAUUUUUAUUCCACUAGCGUCAGGUUUCAGUUUUCUCUCGUGUCAUUAUACAUUUGUGGCUUUUCCGGCGAUACCAUAAUUUAUCUUUUCUGCCUCAUCAGCAUCCGGAAUAUUAAAUAAAUAAGCUCUGAUAGCGAUACUUUUUUACUUUAAUAUCUGGUGUGAUGAAGGCGAAAAUUGUCAUGUUUUUUACUAGAUUGAGAAUUCAAAUUUUUUACAGUUUAUUGUGCAAAAAAAUCCAGAUGAACUUUUGCCAUCUUUUCAAGUCAAAUUUUGCAUAUUUUUAUUCCACUUGGUGUACAUUAGAGUGGCUGAAUGUUCAAUAAUGUUCUAGCCUUAUUGUUUGGACUAUUCAGCGGACUUUGAUUGCAAUUGGAUGAAAAUAGUGAUUUUUCAUUUGGGAAAAUGGCAAGUGCAGCAGGAAGAAGAACAAAAUAAUGCAAUUUCUUUUUCUUUUUUCGCCUUGCAAUCAUGAACGACUAGAUUAAUAAAAUACUACAGGUAUAUCUUUAGUACAAAAAACGUACCCAGUACAAAUUAAGUUUAAUUGAAAAAUACACUUAAUUUUUUUUUCGUAAGAUUUAUUUGAAUGGAAUGUAUUUCACGUCAAAAGACAGCGGGGGUGGCUCACACGAAAUAAUUAACAGUAAGGUUAUCCGGUCCCCGUUUUGAAUUGUCCAUUAUCAACUGCGAAAUAUCAAUAAAUAAUACUCUUCAUAUUUUGGCGAUAAAAUUUAAUUCAGAAAAUGAAUUUACACAUUUUUUUUAUGCAAUUGUACAAACUCAAUUUAUUCACAAUACUUUACAUUUAUUCUUCUUUAUCACGUCUAAAUUACUUUACUAAUUAAUCGAUGAAUUGACGAAUUAUUGACGUGAAUAAAAAGAAAAAUGGAUUGAUUAUUAAUGAUGGUGAAACAGUUAUGAAAAAUCAAUCCUUUAUUUUUACGAGCUCUAAAUUGUUGUUUCGACGCUCCAGUUGCUUCACGUAUCUUAUGUAUAGUUUUUAAUUUUGUUUUUUUCAAUUGCAAAUACGAAUUUAUCAUCCUCUGCGAUGAUAAUUAUUAUAAUCAGGAUGAAAUGCCGCCCGCCGUACACUCAUUAAUUCAAUUGUAUCACUGCGUAUUAUUAGUAUCUAUGGUUUAAUCAAUUAAAUGUAAUAAUAUUUUGUAACGGUGUUUUUUAAUACAGCACAAAUGCAACACAGAAUCAA